AUGAUCGUAUAUGGAAAGGCUUGCCAUCUCCCGGUAGGAUUAGAGCACCGAGCGUAUUGGGCUCUUAAAACCGUUAAUUUAAAUCUUACUCCCGCAGCUAGGAGAAGAUAUUUCCAAAUCCAUGAAUUAGAAGCCCUUAAAGAUGCGGCGUAUGAGCGUUCUUGGAGUAUCAAGGAGAAAACGAAGGCAUUGCAUGAUCAGAAGGUUAAAGGGUUGAAGGAAUUCAAAGUUGGUGAUAAAGUGCUUCUCUACAAUUCGCAGUUUAAAUUGUUUCCCGGAAAGUUGAAGUCGAAGUGGACAGGACCGUAUGUUGUGAAAGAAUUGUUUCCGCAUGGUGAGAUUGAGUUAUACAAUGAAGCUAGUGAUGUGUCGUGGAAAGUGAAUGGCCACCAUUUAAAGCAUUAUUUAGGAGGGCCGAUUGACAACAUCGAGAAGGAGGAAACUCCUCUCGAAGAUUUUGUAGGACCGAUUUGA